CCAAGAACAGCUGGAGAGCUGGGUCUCCGCACCCCAACCGGUUGCAGAUGGACAUCAGCGUCAUCUCCUAACCGGCAGCAUGGAGAAGAAGUCCGGUUCCGAGACCACGCCUCUGAACUCCAAGAAAGAGCCGGCGGCCUGUAAGGACAGGGAAGACUGUCGGGAAAACGGGCUCCUAGCGCAGGACCCCAGAGGGCAAGUGGGCCAGGGGGGCAAGACGGAGUCAGGCCGGAUCUCCAAUGGAUACUCGGCCAUUCAGAGCCCUGGCACCGGGGUGGGAGCCAGCGAGGACUCCCAGUGCCCGCUCCCCCCGGCUUCCACCACCACCACCACCACCACCGUCACUGCCGUCGCUUCAGGGGCCGAGGCUUACCAGGAGGAACGAGAGACCUGGGGGAAGAAAAUGGACUUCCUCCUCUCGGUCAUCGGCUACGCUGUGGACCUGGGCAACGUGUGGCGCUUCCCCUAUAUAUGUUACCAGAAUGGAGGAGGUGCGUUCCUCAUCCCGUACACCAUCAUGGCCAUCUUUGGCGGGAUCCCUCUCUUCUAUAUGGAGCUAGCCCUGGGCCAGUACCACCGGAAUGGCUGCAUUUCCAUAUGGAAGAAAAUUUGCCCAAUUUUCAAAGGCAUCGGCUAUGCCAUCUGCAUCAUCGCCUUCUACAUCGCCUCGUACUACAACACCAUCAUGGCCUGGGCCCUCUACUACCUCAUCUCUUCCUUCACUGAUCAACUGCCGUGGACCAGCUGCAAAAAUCCCUGGAACACGGGCAACUGCACCAACUACUUUGCCGAUGGCAACGUGACCUGGACACCCCAUUCGAAAUCUCCCGCUGAAGAAUUUUAUACCCGCCACGUGCUGCAGGUGCAUCGGUCCGAAGGACUGCACGACCUGGGGGGCGUGAGCUGGCAGCUGACCCUCUGCUUGAUGCUCAUCUUCACGAUUGUCUACUUCAGCAUCUGGAAAGGGGUCAAAACAUCUGGCAAGGUGGUGUGGGUGACGGCUACAUUUCCGUACAUCAUACUAUUUAUCCUGCUCGUCCGAGGAGCGACCCUGCCGGGGGCCUGGAGGGGUGUCCUCUUCUACCUGAAGCCCAACUGGCAGAAACUCCUGGAGACUGGGGUCUGGGUGGACGCUGCAGCUCAGAUCUUUUUCUCCUUGGGGCCCGGCUUUGGGGUCUUAUUGGCUUUUGCCAGCUACAACAAGUUCAACAACAACUGCUACCAAGAUGCCCUGGUGACCAGCUCCGUGAACUGUAUGACCAGCUUCAUGUCAGGAUUUGUCAUCUUCACGGUGCUCGGCUACAUGGCCGAGAUGAGGAACGAGGAAGUGUCCGAGGUGGCUAAAGACACAGGACCCAGCCUCCUGUUCAUCACCUACGCAGAAGCCAUUGCCAACAUGCCGGCUUCCACCUUCUUCGCCAUCAUCUUCUUCCUGAUGCUGAUCACCCUGGGCCUGGACAGCACGUUUGCAGGUCUGGAGGGCGUGAUUACAGCUGUGCUUGAUGAGUUUCCACACAUCUGGGCCAAGCGCCGGGAAUGGUUUGUGCUCGGCCUCAUCGUCACCUGCUUCCUGGGCUCGUUAUCCACCCUGACCUUUGGAGGGGCGUAUGUGGUGAAGCUGUUUGAAGAAUAUGCCACGGGACCAGCCGUGCUCACCAUCGUGCUCCUGGAAGCCAUCGCGGUGGCAUGGUUCUAUGGCAUCACCCAGUUCUGCAGGGACGUGAAAGAAAUGCUUGGCUUCAGCCCGGGCUGGUUUUGGAGGAUCUGCUGGGUAGCCAUCAGCCCCAUCUUUCUCCUGAUCAUCAUCGGCAGUUUUCUGAGCAGCCCCCCGCAGCUCCGACUUUUUGAAUACACUUAUCCCCCUUGGACCAUCAUCCUGGGUUACUGCAUUGGGACUUCGUCUUUCAUCUGCAUUCCCAUCUAUGUGAUCUAUCGGUUGGUCAUCACUCCGGGAACAUUCAAAGAGCGAAUUCUUAGAAGUAUCACUCCAGAGACAGCUACAGAGAUUCCCUUUGGGGAUGUCCGCAUGAAUGCCAUUUAACAAGCUGCCGAGGGAAUGGAAAACAGCAUUCCUAAGUAUAUCUCUCCCUGCCCUGCCUUCCUGCCCCUCUUCCCCUGUCAAAUGAACUGAGUUUCCAGCUGAGCCAAGGAAUGGGAGGGCAAUGCCCGGCCAGACCCUAUGAGCCACGGGCCCCUGGACACGAGGAUCCACAUUCAGAUGCCUUCAGUCUCCCUCUCCCCCAACCCACUUCUUCCCAUGUCAUCCACUGGACAUUGCCAAGAAGCUUCUCACAGUCCUCUGAACUGGUCCACGUGGGAAGUGCGAGGGUGUGUUUGAGUGCUUGGCUGCGGGCAGCUGCUACCGUCCGGAUGCGUGAAGGAGUCGGCGUGAACCACUGUUGGGAAUGUCUCGGCAGCUGGGAUUAGAGUCUGUGAGAGUGCUCCGAUACCUUCUCCAUAUGAGCAUUUGCAUCAGACCAUAUUGUUUGUACUUUCUGAGGGUUCCAGUGUCAAGUGAGUGUAUAACCUGGGUCAGAGAACACAGGGACAUUGUUCUGAUAGCCAUAUAUUAUAUGACUAAUACACACAGCUCUACAGCUGGAAAUUUUUAACAACCCUUGUGUGGCUGUGGAGUAGGCAGAAGAAGAUGUAGUAAGCUAUCCUGGAAAAUAUCGGGGGUGGUGUUUAUACGGACUGUACUACUGUUAACCAUAUUACAUAUCCUAUUGGCCUCCUUUA